UUUAUUUCACUGUCAGGGUCAAGUCAAUGUACCAGUAACAUUACAUAAUCUUAGAAAAAAUUUGUAGUAGAAAGGAUAAACUUUUAUAGGAAAGAAAAAUGGCUCAAGCAUUUGUUUCCACUUACCAAAACCAUUUCAGAUGGCACUGUCAGCCGAAAAUACCUCCAAUUAAUCCGAAUAGAUUAACUACCCUCCAACCCGAAGGAGAUAUUUGGCUCUUAAAUACAGAAGAAGCAAUAGAUGAAGAUGUGGAUAAUAUUCCAAAAAUUAAAGAAGCCAUUCACAACUUGUACUUGAAACGCAUGCGUUCCACUUAUCAAAUAUCGUAUUGCCGUAACAUAAAACAAAAAAAAAUAUCAGAUCUAGAUCUUGGCGAAUCAAAACAAAAUAUGCAAGUACAGAAACCAAGUAUAAAAAAAGUUGAAAUUGAAGAGGAGGCGCUUGGAAAUGAAGUGCUUGAGCACUUCAGAAAGUAUUAUAUACCCCAUAAAAUUUGCAAGAUUGUACCUCCUUUACCAUCUGCCAGAACAUUAUUUGGAUACAUCCGACCUUCAAGAUUGUUGACACCCAUGACCUUGUAUCAAAACGGAUUAGGAAGAGUAGGCUUUGAUAUUUUAAAUGAACAGUAUCGUCGGAGUACUAUAAACCAAUAGUACAGAUGCAUAAUAAUACACAUUUGUUUUAUUUAGAAAUUAUAACAAAAUAAUAAAACAACCGUUUUUUAAUAAAAAA